CAAAAAACGGGAAAGAGGAGGUAGAGAGUCAGUAUCAGAGUACUAGAAAAAUUAGGAAGAUGAAUAAAUGCAACACCGAAUUUGGGUAUGAUUUUUGUGAUAGUAAUAUUUUCUUCUUCUUUCUUCUUUUUUUUUUUUUUGUCCUUUUGAUGAAAGAGUGAAGCAGCUGCCAACGGUUGCUUACCGACAAGAGUAAUGAGAAUUUUUAUGAAGGCACUUAGUCCCCACUUGGUUGUUGCAGUGUAUAAAUUCUCAUGGAAUACAGACUAAACUAUAACAGAGAAAAAAAAAAAAAACUAGUAUAAAUUUUGGUCUUUUCCAUUCUCAGAUUUUCACAACAUACAUUUUCUCUGGACUUUUGUCUUUCCAAAGUCAUCAAUUCAUUCUCUCUCUCUCAAUGGCUCAAACAACUCCCAACCACACUCAGACUGUUUCCGGCUGGGCAGCUCGUGAUUCUUCCGGCAAAAUUACUCCUUAUGUUUUCAAGCGCAGGGAAAAUGGGGAUGACGACGUGACAAUCGAGAUCUUGUAUUGUGGGAUGUGCCAUACAGACAUACAUCAUGCCAAAAAUGACUGGGGUAUCACUAUGUAUCCUCUUGUUCCUGGGCAUGAAAUCACUGGGAUAAUAACAAAAGUUGGGGCCAAUGUGACCAAAUUCAAGGAAGGGGACAAAGUUGGGGUAGGAUGCUUGGCGGCAACUUGCUUGGAAUGUGAGUUUUGCAAGGAAUCUCAGGAGAAUUACUGUGAUAAAGUCCAGUUUACUUAUAAUGGUAUUUUCUGGGAUGGCAGCAUCACCUACGGUGGUUACUCUAAGAUGCUCGUUGCUGAUCAAAGGUACGUGGUGCAUGUGCCGGAGAGUCUGCCGAUGGACGCCGCUGCGCCGUUGUUAUGUGCCGGAAUCACGGUUUACAGUCCGAUGAAAGACGGUGGUUUGCUAGAGAAGGAUUCAGUUGCGAAAAGAGUUGGGGUGAUUGGGCUAGGUGGAUUGGGACACGUGGCGGUCAAAUUCGCAAAGGCCUUUGGUCAUCACGUCACGGUGAUUAGUACUUCUCCAUCCAAAGAACAAGAAGCCCGAGAUCGAUUGGGUGCUGAUGACUUUGUGCUCAGUACACAACCAAAAGCAAUGCUGGCCAAGAAAAGGACGCUGGACUUCAUUGUGGACACUGUAUCAGCUAAGCAUUCAUUAGGGCCAUUUCUGGAGCUGCUGAAGGUGAGUGGAACUCUGGUGGUGGUGGGUGCACCGGAUAAGCCCAUGGACCUGCCAUCUUUUCCGUUGAUUUUCGGGAAGAGGAUGGUGAAAGGCAGUUUGAUCGGCAGCAUGAAAGAAACACAGGAAAUGCUGGAGCUGUGUGGGAAGCAUAACAUCACCUGCGACAUUGAAGUUGUCCAGACGGAUGAGAUCAAUGAAGCCCUAGACCGGCUGGCGAAGAACGAUGUCAAGUACCGGUUCGUUAUUGAUAUUGCUGGCUCCCCAAACGGUCAUCAUCACAAGCUCUAGAUUCAUGAGACAUUCAGAUCGGAAACUCCAAAACUUGGGAUUAGUAUACGAAAAAUCGUGAGGAUGUAUGCACGAGAUUAGCAACGGUUAACGAUCUCUCUGAUUGAACAACUUCGUAUAAUACUUGUAUUAUGUUCUUUGUUGUUGAAAUAAAUUAAUGCUUUCAUGUUUUGUUUGUCAUUAGAAGUAGAAAAACCCAGAACGAAAAUGUACUGAUUACUAGUUUGGAGGAACGCUAUUGAGAUUUUAUAUAAUACAUAUUUGCUUAAAGUUUCAUACAUCAAAUAUGUUUGAUUCAACUCAUGAUUGGAGAAAUACCAAAAAAAAAAAGUGGAAGAAUCAAUAAGAUAGGAGUACGAGAUACGCGGGAUUUUUCGUAACAAUGUUUUGUUAAGGCGCAUAGCCCUAUCAAGGAUUAAUGUAGAUAUUCAUGGUUUGGGUAGUUAUGCAAAUUUGAAAAGAUAACAAAAUUUAAUAAGAGGAGAAACAGGGAAAUGGAUAUACCAAUUGAAUGAAAUCCUAAGUGUGGAACAUUGAAGUUGAUUUGACAAAGCUUUGGUAACAACCACAUGGACCGAAGUCUGAAAAGGGCGUUGAAUAGAAACCAUUACUUUGGAAGAAAAGGAUGAAAUGAAACUACACCGAGGAAACCUGCUCCCUCCGGCAGGCAAUUCGUAUUUGCCUAUUUGGCAAUUUAAGUCCUAGGAUAGCGAGAGAUCCCGUCAAACCUCAUAUGGGUAUUCUUCACCUUAAAAACUACGAAAGAUAAAACACCUGUGGGACGGGUGUUAUUUUGUAGUGCAGACUGGAGUCCUUGUAAUCUUGUGUGGUGAUUUUGUAGAGCAAGUUUACAGAGUUCAAAGCAAAGACUAAAGAACCACUUUCUUUUCUUUCUUUUUUUUUUUUUCCCCAUAUUUGCAGGGUGUUUACCGUCGACAAUAAUGACUAAUCUCCCUCGCUGAAUUGUAAGAACCUCAAUAGGUGGAACAGCUGACCAAAGCAUUUAAAAUUACUCCAUACCCAUGACGAGGUUCGAACCCUCAACCUAUAGUUAAGGGUGAAGGAGUCCCUUCUAACCCUCGACCUAUGGUUAAAGAACCACUUUCUAGUUAUUUAUAUGGCG